AUGGGCGAUACCUCGUAUGAGAAGUUGCUUACUGUCAAUGAGACCAAAGCUGGUCGAGAGUUCGUUUCAAGCUCUCCGGAUCACUUGAAACUGUCCAACACGACUUUCUACGAACUUGAUGAUUUCUCCCUGCGAAGGUCAAAUGCUGGGUCAAAUUUCCGGUUGCUUCUACCUAUGGCCGUCGGAACCUGGAUGAAGAAGGCGGAACAGCCCAAGAUCGCUUUGUAUACCGGAUGGGUGUCUGUCCUGAUUGGACUUCUGGUCCAUGUAUUGCCGCUGGCCGCAUGUAUCGGUCUGAUCUACUUGAACAUCACGUCUCACUAUGUGAGCUACCAUGUCUCUACGCUGGCCUUCCAAUUUCUGGCAAAAUUUCUUGAAUUGCUUGCCCAGGCUUCUCUGGGAAGUGCUGUNUUUGUCUAUCUCCGCGCUCUUUACACAGGUUCUGAGUCGGUUCCUUUCGGAGCACUCUUCGCCGGACUGCAAAUCACAAGUGUCAGCUACCUUUGGUCACUCGAAUUCGCAGGCGUGGUCACGUCCAAAAGCUUCAAGCGAACUAGAAAAUGCGUGUUUCUUCUCCUGAUACCGCUAAGCGUUGCCAUAGCUGCCGGAAUUGGUCCAUCGUUCGCUAUUGCUCUAACUCCCACACCAGGAGCUUUCUACAACGGAUGGGCUGAAGAAUGGAUCAAUGCCACAGAGGAACAGAUCUUUCCUUCAUAUCUCCAACCGGCUGUUUUGAACUACAAUGAAUGGGAAGCUGCCAUGGCUGUAGCUCAAUUGGACCAGAAGUUACCAUAUGAUCAAUACGAUGUACAACAGAGCAGCUUCGAUCUGACGCAAGACGCCCUCCCUUAUAGAGAGAUUCGGUGGAACGCAACUGUAGGCAGUCUUUGGUUGUCCGCGACAGUCACCAUUCCCAGCAAGGUCAUUGCAUGGUCACUAAGCUCAUUGGCUUACCAGGCAAUCUGGUCCACGUCCCUAUGGAGUAUUCAAGGCGAUCAGAAUUAUACUACGACAACUCGCCAACCGACCGUGACUGUAAAUUGUACGAGAGCAAGUUGGCUGAACUUGACCUCGGUUCAAACAGAGAGCGGUUGGGGGGAUGGGUCGCCGCACUUCGUCUAUCAGUCUGAACAUUUGCGCAGCUUCAAUGAGACUCAAUCCUUUCACUGGGUUUUCAUUGAUCGUGAUGAUUCGGUCACUCAACCGUCACCAAAAAUCAACCCAUCGGUCUGGGCAUUGGUUCACUAUCCUCCUUCUAGCCUCGACUUUUCAGAUUCAUACAUAGGAGGAUCAUUCGGACUUUGUGCAAUAUACGCAGGCUAUGGCCACGUUCAGAACACGGUUCUAUGGACCUGGAAUGCUUCCNNCCCCUUGAGCGGUAAUCUUGUGAGCAGUCAGACGAACAGCCCAUCUACUUCCAUCAUUGACAUCCCCGCGAUAUGGUUGAAUCAAACCUUACCACCUUUGGAGNNUAAGCUAAUGGAUAAUCUUCUCGGAGUACAUACGACCACUUUCAUUGCGACAUCAUUAGCUUUCUCGAUGGCUCAGUGGCCGAAACAGGUACUGAAAUAUCCCUCUGUUUCGGAUUACUAUCCGGACCCAAGUAUCAUUUUGCGACCAAAUUUCACAAAUUCUACCCCGUCCGACCAAUUAAUGAACCCUUCAUUUCAAGUGCAUGGCUCUGCAGCUGGAGACCAUGUUUUCUAUGCUGGUUCAGAAUACGCAGACGCCGAGGGCAAGUACAAAUUGCGAAUGGAUGUCAGCACGCAAGGUUACGGCUAUCACCUCGAUCAGAGAACCAAAAUUCUUGCAAUAUCUGUACUUGCCGCGUACUGCCUCUAUAUCUUGAUCUUCAUUAUUCUCAUGCUGACGCUCAAUCGGGUUCAUUCAAACGCUUGGGACUCCAUUGGCGAACUUACUGCUUUGGCAAUCAUGUCGAGGCCAGACAACAAGCUUCGAAACACCAGUGCUGGCAUAGAGACCGUGGCUCUCUUCAAGUUACCAGUGAACAUCAGAGCGAAUGACAACAACCAUCUGGAGAUUCUCUUUGGCGACGACGAAGGUGGAACAGAAGCUGGAGUUGUGGAGAAGGACAAAGAGUAUGAGUGA